ACUAGUUCACCUGUUAGCAGCAGUCAGUGCCGAGAGAGCUUGGGAGGUUGGAUGAAGGGAGCAUUUAUCACGGAUUUCUUGUUCUUGUCUGACGUUGUUUCGGUCUAAAUUAAUAGCAUAAAUUCUGCUGAGAAGCAUACGUGCCAAAUCGGCAUUGCGACCAGAUAAGCUAUGCCUCUGCUUGCGAAACGGCACCUGUUUUCGUGGUUGUUCGUCGCGUCGAGUCUACAGGUAUCGAGUUUACAUUUCGCACAGGCAACAUACAUAUGCACAGCAUAUCUCAACCUAUCUUUUGUCGCCCCACAAAGCAACGAAACUAUCUGGCGAUACGAAGAAAUCGGACUAUACGGACAGGACUCGCCAAAGGCGUCUGUAGUUGGAGACGUAUACUUUCCCGACCCAAUAUACGGUUGUGACAGUGACACUGUUUAUAACAAUCCCAACGGAUCCAAAGGCUGGAUAGCUCUCAUGCAACGUGGAAAUGGGUGCACAUUUUCAGAGAAGAUCAACGUCGCGGCCAGCAAAGGAGCAAUUGGAGCUGUUAUAUUUAACAAUAUCGGCAGUGAUAACAGGGUCAUACAAAUGUCCCAUCCAGGCACAGGUGACACAGUGGCCAUUAUGAUCGGACACAUCCGUGGGAUGGAGAUGGCCCGGCUGCUGCAGCAGGGCAUCCAGCUCACCUUGUCCAUCGAGGUGGGCAAGCUGCACGGGCCCUGGAUGAGCCACUACUCCGUCUUCUUUGUGUCCAUCUCCUUCUUUGUGGUGACCGCGGCGACCGUGGGGUACUUCAUCUUCUACUCGGCUCGACGACUCAACACCGUCCGGCUGCAGAACCGCAAACAGAAAAAGCUUAAGGCCGAAGCAAAGAAGGCGAUUGGCCAACUGCAAGUCCGCACACUUAAACAGGGAGAUGAGGAGACGGGGCCAGAUGCAGACACCUGCGCAGUUUGCAUUGAUGCGUACAAGGCCGGAGAUGUGCUCUCCAUUCUCACGUGCAAUCAUUUGUUCCAUAAGCAGUGCAUUGAGCCAUGGUUACUGGAACACAGAACGUGUCCGAUGUGCAAGUGUGACAUCCUGAAGGCCCUGGGAGUGGAGCCUGACAUAGAGGAGCCGCCCCAGGAGAUCACCGUGCCUCCGGAGCUCUCAUUCCCCAACGUGACCGAAGACAGCCGCAGUGAGACGGCCUCGUCUGGCUACGCCUCCAUCCAGGGCAUGGAGCACCACAGCCCAGUGGAGGACACUCCACACUCCAGCCCUGAGUCCAUCCCUGACCUUGGAUCAGUUCAAGUGGACAUCCAGCCACAUUACGACAACCUUGCCUUUGAGAGCGAUAGCCCUAGAGACCCCAGAACAUGAGUGUCGAAUGUACACACACACACACACACACACACAAACACACACACACACACACACACACAGUCACAUCCAAGUCUCCUUUGAUAACAGAUGGACUUAGUUAAACUCAGGUUGGCCUAACUCUAUCUAUGCAUAUCACUGCAAUCCCCACCCCUCAACGCGCACACACACACACACACACACACACACACACACACACACACACACACACACACACACACACACACACACAAAAACAAAGGCUAAGUUAGCGGGAGUGGUAUCUAUGCAUAUUAGUUUUCAUUAUUUUGAUAUCAAAUCUCUGCAGAGUAUCUCUGCUUCAGGCCAGGACAAGCUGGACAUCAGAAUACUUUAAUUGUAUGUGAUGUAAGUAAUUUGAAUCAGUAGGUUAGUUACUUGAAUGUCUGUCAUCAAUCAUUGUGUCUUAAGCUAUGUGUUUUAAUAGCUAAAAUUCCUUUAUGUCGAUAGGACAGUUUUCUUUGUGUUUUAGCAGUACCAGUGGUGGAUCAUGAGGUAUCGGACCACAAGCCAGACAUUUUUCUUUGUUGCUUUGCUGUCUUCUCUUUUAAAUGUAAUUGUAUGUGUGAGAGUGUGUGUGUAUAUAUUGAGUGUAUGGGUUUGUCCGUGUGUGUGUGUGGGAGAGAGAGACAGAGAGAAAGAGAGAGUGAGAGAUUUGAUGCAGUAGUUUAAAUGAAGUUUUAUUAUUUAAGGCUUUAGGCUUUUGGACACAGUUUAGUACUUUUUUUCUAUGUUUGUACAGUGUGCAUUCCAGAGAAACAUGUAUAAACAAGGCCUUACCACUUUCUGCCUGAAAAUGUGGACAUUAGUUUACAUGUCCCCGUUUUAGAAAAACCUGUAGUGCUCCAUCUGCUGUCCGUGUGUAAUACUGUCAGCUAUACCAUCGCCAGCUACAUACACAAGCGCAUGUGUGAGACCACACUAACUUUUUGUAAUGAAAAUGGGUGUUCUGUAAUAUCAAAGAAAUGUGUUGUACUUUUCAUUUCAUAGUUUGUUGAUUUCUCUAUUUCAUGUAGGUGAACCUGUGUGAAAAAAAAUAAUCAUGUCAUUGAGUGCUUACCAUUGUAAAUGUUGUGAAAACCCUACUUUUAUACAGGGAUAGAUGCUAGUCCUCCAAAUGACAUUUUGUAUGUAAUGCUGUCUUACAUUUUUUUGAGACAUCCCUAAAAGUAUUUCCCUGAAAAAAGAGUUUUUUUGUUUUUGUUUAGUCUUCACCUGGUCUUACACCGUUAAGUCAUGUGCUCUGGUGUAAACUGGCUGGUGCAGAUAGUGUGCCUUAAAAAGUUAUCAUCUAGUAAUGAAUUAUUUCCUCAUAUAUCUCAUACAAAAUAUGUGUUCUCACUUGAUGAAAUUAAUAGUUUCUGCAUGCACUUUACAAGAAUUAAUUGAAUUAUGUUGCAGUUUUUUUUUCUUUGCUUAAAGGUUCCAGUUCUUCGUAAUGAAGACAUUUUAAGUGUUUUUGAUUAAUGUUAAGGGACAAAAGGAAUUGUUACCUUUUCAUUGUUAACUUGGGUUGUGUUGGGUCUUUGAUAACAGCUAUAAAUUGCGAAAAGAAAUUAAUAAAUUCUUGUUUUAUGAAAA